UCUGAACCAAUUUACGAUAAAAUAUUUACAGAAAUAGGAGAAUCAUUUGGCAAAAAAGUGAACAAUGAACUAACAAGCAAAAUCCAUGGAUCAAUUUUAGAUCGAGGUUUAGAAAUAUUUUGCGAACACCUUAAGAUCGAAACUGAUAUGGACGAGCUUAAACAAAAGUUUUUAGAUAUCGAACAAGAAAAAUUAUCCGAUGUACCACUAACCAAAGGAGCAGCCGAGAUAAUUCAACACUUGGCCAACUUAAAAAUACCGCUGGCAAUUGCAACAUCCUCUUCCAGAGACCAAUACACACUUAAAACAACUGCACAUGAAGAUUUGUUUAGUUUAUUUCAUCACGUUAUGUGUGGUGAUGACGAAGAAGUCUUCAAAUCCAAGCCAAACCCAUGCAUCUAUUUGGAAUGUGCGAAAAAGUUUCCUUCCAACCCUGACCCUCAGGAAUGUCUCGUUUUCGAGGACUCUGUUAACGGUAUGCUGGCAGGAAUCCGUGCAGGAAUGCAGGUGAUUAUGAUUCCUGAAGAUUCUGUGCCGUUUGAAAAAUGGGGCAAGGCUACAAUAAGAAUUGAUUCUUUGGAGAUAGCUCCAUUGGAGCUGUUUGGUUUAAGGCCGUUGAGGGAGCCUGAGAAAAAUUCCUGCUUUGAGAUGAUGCCUGCUAUACCGCAGGAGAGUGAAGAUGCUCCAAAUGAGACUGAAGAAAUAUAG